AUGCGACCUUGGUUCGGUGGAAAUUCUGGCGGAUUCAUCGGCGGACGGGAUCCUCAUCGACAGUCCUCCCAUUUCCGAUAUCGAAGUUGGUUUGCUUGAGGGGUUUCUGAAGCUGUGGAGGCGGUCACUGGGCGACGAUCAAUAAUUAAUAUUUUUAAUUAGUCAUCCGCGACUCACGCAACCCCGACUGUAGCCUGGCAUCAUGCCCUGGGGGCCGCUUCCACAGACCUUGGAGUGCAGUGUUUGUAGAGUUGUUGAAAGAGCUCGUUCUGUCCCCAAGGGCAAAAAAGACGCUGGCCACCGAGAAGAAAUCUUUGCUGUUCCAGGGAAUUAUAAUAGGAGGGGCCAAGUGGGUGCGCGGCCAGAGACUGACGCCAAUUACUCGACCUCGCGACUUCACUAACUUUAUUGGAGUAUUCGAUGCGCUACUAAGGACCGAAUCGACCGUCAUUCUUCUUCGCCUUCAGCCAGCUGUUGACCAAUUUUGUCUGUCCAUCUCGACAUCACGGCGACUUUACCCUCAAGAAGAUUUGGUCAAGCGCACGGUGCGGUGGUCCUGGUGCCGGAGUCCGGAUGGGCAGUCCCGAAUGAAUCCAAACUCCGCCGACGGCAACAAACAGGCCACGGUGCAGGACCCCGGCAUCGGACUAUUGGUUCACGACAUUUCGUUCUCCAGAAUCAGCAAGAAGUCGGUCAUCCCAGUCUUCCUAAGAGUCGUCGCGCGCACAAGCCAGAACAAAGUUUGUUCUCCACCAUCCUCGACAGUCAUUGCUAAAACUCUGUCUUAA